AAAUGUUGCACAUAUGUGGAUAUUCAGGUCUUAGGAGGAUAUACAUUGUUUGUUUAUGUAAAUAAAUGCAGUUAAUGGUAACUAAUACCUUUUUGUAAAGUGUUACCUUGACAUCAAAGGCCAUACUUCCAAUCUACUGUUUCAGGUAUGUUGAUACUGUAUUGAGUCACCACUUCACGUCCAAUAUAAAAUGUUUCUCCUGAAUCAAAACCAGUAGAGUACUUGAAGCACUUUGGUCAAAAGCGUCUGACAGCGGUCUUACUUUGCAAACUUGCAUUAUAGUAAGCGUCUGUAAAGGUGUAACAGCAGUAAAAAUGUCAGUCUUUCCACGGCCUUCCAUUUCAUUCCCUAAUAUCAGCCUACAAAUACCUCCAGUUUAAAUAUUUAGACAGAGCAAAAAAAGAAGCGAAGAACUUUUCCAAGAAGACGUGUCUGUCCUGUCCUCCCUAUUCAAACUACCAUUGCCUUCUUACUUUUUUUCUAGUUUGCUCUCUAAUUUUUGUCUACAUUCCAUCAGCUUCUCCCGAGCUAUAAAUAUCCAGCCAAAUGAAAGGAAUAAAGAGGAGAGAAAGAGAAGUACAGAAAAAGAUGUGAGAGAUGAAGGGUGACUUGAGACGGAGGGGAAAAAGCGAGUACGUUGUAGGCUGUGGGGGACUUGGACAGAUUCGGAAUUUGGGCCACAGACCAGGAAUUUUCAUCCUGGGGGGUAAGAUGGGGGGCGGAGGUUGGCCGUGCAGGGGGGCUGUAUGGGGGUCGGAAUGGGCCGUCCUUCUUUCCUCUCUUCCGACUUUCCCUCCCCUGCAUACGUUCACAGUCCAGCUGUCCGUCUCCACACUCGCUGAGCGAGGACAGAAGACACAGCAGAGCCAGAGGAACUGGGUGCUGAUCCACAAAGCCACCGGAAGAUAAAGAAACACAGACUCAAGCAAGAAAGAUAUACGCCUGGGAAAAAAAGCUUGGCCUAUUCCUUCUCAGCAUCAUCUAUUCCACACCAGACCUCUACAAGAGUGCACGAGUUUAUAUGAGCUUGUGUGCAUGUGUGUCUGAUUCCUCUUUUUUUGUCAACACUUCUGGAAGUGCGUUUUCCUCCGAGCUCACGAGAGACUGCUGAAGAUGUGCGCAAGGAUGCGACCCGUGUAUGUUUUUGUCUUUUGUGUGUGCAUCUCUGUGUUUCUUCACAGCGCUAUUUCACAGCCACCCACAGAAACUGACACCUACACGGAAUGUACAGAUGGGUAUCAUUGGGAUUCACAGACACAACACUGCAAAGAUAUAAAUGAAUGCGAGACAAUACCAGAGGCUUGUAAGGGAGAGAUGAAGUGCUUCAACCAUUACGGCGGGUACCUGUGUCUCCCUCGCUCUGCUUCGGUCAUCCCCGCCCAAGAACCACCUAACCAGAUUCACCCCGGAUUGGAAAACACGGCCAGCGAGCCUUUCAAUCCAUGUCUUCCUGGUUUAGAGCCCCAGGGAGACAGCUGUGUGGAUGUGGAUGAAUGUGAACGAGACACGCAUGACUGUCAGCCCAGUCAACAGUGCCUUAAUACAGAAGGUUCCUUUACUUGUCAAUGUCCGGACGGUUACCGCAAAGUGGGCACAGAAUGCAUUGACAUUGAUGAGUGCCGAUAUCGCUACUGUCAACAUCGCUGUGUUAACGUCCCUGGUUCAUUCUCCUGCCAGUGUGAGCCUGGUUUUCAGCUGGCUAGCAACAAUCGCUCCUGUAUCGAUGUUGAUGAGUGUGGCAUGGGAGCGCCCUGCAGUCAGAGGUGUUAUAACACAUACGGGACGUUCCUCUGUCGCUGUGAGACGGGCUAUGAGCUGGGGCCAGAUGGCUUCGCGUGCAAUGACAUAGAUGAGUGCAGCUACUCCAGUUAUCUGUGCCAGCAUCAGUGUGUUAAUGAGCGAGGGAAAUUCUCCUGUGUCUGUCCUGAAGGCUAUCAGUUACUGGGCUCGCGCCUCUGCCAAGAUAUAAAUGAAUGUGAGACAGGAGCUCACCAGUGUUCGGAUGGACAAACGUGUGUGAACAUUCAUGGAGGUCAUAAAUGUGUCGACGCCAAAGGUUGUCAGGAACCCUAUGUACAAGUGUCUGACAAUCGCUGUAUUUGUCCCGUCACAAAGUCUGGCUGUCGAGAUCUUCCCCAUUCUAUUGUCCAUCGCUACAUGAGUAUCACUUCCGAACGCUCCGUCCCCUCGGAUAUCUUUCAGAUUCAGGCAACCAGCGUCUAUCCUGGAGCUUAUAACACAUUCCGAAUCCGUUCCGGAGAUGACAAUAAAGACUUUUACAUCAGGCAAAUCAACAACAUCAGCGGCAUGCUUGUUCUCGCCCGUGCCGUGAAUGGUCCCACAGAGUACGUGCUGGACCUGGAGAUGGUUUCUGUAAACCCUCUCAUGAGCUUCCAGACCAGUUCUGCCCUGCGCUUAACAGUCUACGUCGGGCCCUACGCCUUUUAGCCGAGACAGAUGGCCAGAGAGGGAACCAGAGGUGGAAGAGUGGAAGCACUGAUAGAUUCAUCCAACAAAGAGGUUUUAUGACCUGAGCAACAUUCCCAAGAUUGUACAGAGAUCAUUCUCAUGGGAGAUGUAGCAACCUAUACAAACUACUACAUUAUAAAGAGAUUUAGAGACAGGCACUAUAUUUUAGGGACUAAAUGUUAUGCUGAGCUAUUCAGAGUUUCUAGCUGCACUAUGACUCCAAACCUGCUGUACGACUCGUGUCUUUUGAUACUCUCCCAUGUCAUGUUAAAGUAUAUUGCAGCUCUGUUGACUCGCUCUACUGGGUCACUGUUCCGGUUCCUAUUGAAAUAAAUGUAGCAAUAUCAGGGCACCAACGCUGUGCAUCUCUGUAUGUUCCUAGUGUCAAGGUAAAUUUCCACUAUGUUUAAUCCUUCCAUGAGUAUUUGUUGUUAUUCGUUGCCGUUUUUCAGUAACCACUCAGUCGUUCCAAACCUCUACCCACCACCAUCAAUAAUGCUCACAGCAUUACUUUGUGUAGUUUCUUUUUAUACCAUUGCUGCCAAUGUUGUAUUUUCAAUCCUGGAUUUAUUACUGUAAUAAAUUUGAUAAGACCCUUCAAAUCUGGCUCCAGACCCACAUUACUUUUCUUGGCAUUCAUAUGCUUCCUUCUUUGCGGAAAGUCACGUUAGCGUGCCCCGCUUAACCCUUCCACCCACCCUUCCGAUCUCUUGAGUCAUCUAACCACGGGAUGCUCCGGAGUCCUGCUGUGGAGCUGUCUGCCUCUCAUUAGCACAAGCCGGAUGAGAACAUAAACUGCGAUGUUGUAUUUUCAAUAUGUUCAUAGUCAUUUAAAUAUAUCUGUGAUUUUAUAGAUACUACAGACAAAAUAUGAAGAGCCCUCUAAGUGCGUUUGACAUGUUUUCUUGUAAAUUUGCUUUUUAUUAGACUCUGAAAGGUGCCGUAAACUGUAAAACUGUAUUUACCUAGGCAUAGAUGAAUAAUAGGAGUUCUGUACAUGGUAAUGACAUAUCGUGAGCCUCAAACAUUAUUUUGUUCUC